GGGAUUAUUCAAGUUUGUUUGUAAGCAAGAAAACAAAGCAUUUACCGCGUGUUUAAAAUAUGGCUUCUGUAACACAACGAGAAGCAGGGUCGUCUAAACCCGAAUGUGGCAAGCCAGUGUGUCUGAUUGUGCUAGGUAUGGCUGGAUCAGGCAAAACUACAUUUGUAAAGAAACUCGCUCAAUAUCGACACGCAAAUGGCUCAUUGCCUUACCUUAUCAAUCUUGAUCCUGCCUGCCGGGAAACCCCGUAUCCUGUAAACGUUGACAUUCGCGAUACGAUAAAAUACAAGGAAGUUAUGAAUCGCUAUAAGCUCGGACCAAACGGGGCUAUCGUGACAGCGCUGAAUCUGUUCUCCACUAAGUUUGGUAAGGUCACGGAACUGAUUGAAAAAGCAAAAGACAAGCAUCAGUACUGUGUGCUGGACACUCCAGGCCAAAUUGAAGUCUUUACUUGGUCCGCAUCAGGCACAAUAAUAACGGAAGCCUUGGCAACUGCCUUUCCGACCAUCGUCGUUUAUGUUAUGGACAUCGUCCGAUCGACCAGCCCGACUACGUUCAUGUCAAACAUGUUGUACGCCUGUUCGAUUUUGUACAAAUCGCGACUUCCCUUUGUGAUAGUCAUGAAUAAGAUAGAUGUACAGGAAUGCGAGUUCGCCACGCAAUGGAUGCAAGAUUUCGAGGCGUUCCAAGAAGCGCUUGAAAACGAAACUGCCUAUGUGAGUAAUCUAACAAGAACAAUGUCCUUGACACUGGACGAAUUCUAUCAAAACCUGAAAUCGUGCGGCGUCUCGUCAAUCACCGGAAUCGGCUUUGCACGGUUUUUUGAACUGGUCGGUGAAGCAGUUAAAGAAUACGACAGUGAUUAUAAACAGGAAUAUGAAAAGCUGCGCAUAGAAAAAGAAAAGAUGAAGGAAAAGGAAUUGGAAAAGUUAUCCCAACGCGGCAACAUCGGUGAAGAAAUACCACUUGGAAACAAUUCGGAUAUACCCACUGUACACACCGAAAGAAUAUAUUUAAGGCAUCCUGCCAACGAAAGUUCUGAUGAUGAUGAAGGGCAGGAAUGUGAUGGAGCAUUCGUAACAGCAGGCGAUGACGAAGUAGAGGAUAUGAAUUUUAACAGUUUCAUCGAACAACACCGUCGCCAGCAGAAUGAGAAACAACUGAAGCAAAACAAAUAAUUUGGGACACCGUACAUAGUGCAUCAACAUUUGCUGAAUGAACUUUAACUAAACGCGAUUAAAAUUAAUUUUUGUAAACGGAUAAACGUGCAACGUACUGACAAACUUUCCUAUAUCAUGUAUGUGGGACUGAUGGUUCUGUGAAACGUUUGGUAACAAAUAAUUCAAUUUAAAUUCACUACA